AACACCAUGCUUUCUCUUCCUCACUUAAAAUAUUUCUUUCAUCAGCUUAUAAUUAGUUUCAAAAUCUCUGGACAAAAUGGGUUAUUUCAAUUGCUUUGCUUUGGGAUUCUUCGUGGCUCUGUCGCUUGCAAGCAUUGAUGUUGGGGUUGCAGCUCGUCACCUUCAGCAACUGCCUCCAAUGCCAACAUUUCCUACAACCACACUCCCACCAUUCCCAUCUAUCCCUAACCUCCCACAGCCAUCCAUACCAUCUUUCCCAAGGCCUGGGGCGCUUCCUCCACUUCCUACCAUGCCUGCUUUGCCCACAUUGCCUAGUGUACCAAGGGCCACAUUGCCCCCUCUACCAAGCAUGCCUUCGAUUCCCACAAUCCCAACUACAAUUCCCUCUAUUCCAUUCUUCUCUCCACCACCUUCUCCUUCUAGUCCUUAAAAAUCCCUUUCGCUAGGUGAUGGGUGGCUAUUCCAAUCCAGAGUCUUAUUUUUUUUGUCCACCACUUAUAUUGCUUUGUAUAAAUGGGAAUUCCCCAAUUCCCAUGAUUUUCUGUACUUUGAUACUUAUUUUGCUUAUUAUUGGAUUAUAUACUUAUUUUAUA